AUGCUUUACCCCCACGGCGCAAAGCAAUGCGAAUACCAGUACCCGUUCGAGACGGUCCGCGAGUUCAUCGACUUCUGCCAAAAGCUGACGCGCUUCGGCGAGUCGGGCACGUAUGGCUUCCUGCCGCACCUCAACAACCGCGCGCCGGUCGAGCUGAUCAUCAACGCGAUCACGACCGAGGCGCGCCAGCAGAUGGUCUUCCGCCAGUUCGAGGGCCUCUUCCCGAUGGCGCUCUGGUUCGUCCCCGGCAUUCCGCAAGCCUGGCAGUGGACGCUUCUCGCUCCGUACAUCAAGUCUUGUCCGAAGGAGAACCCCCACAUCGAGUGGCAGAACUUCCCGGCGUUGACCAUCAAUAACAACCCAAACGCCACGAGGCCCGAUAGCAAAGCCGCUGUGUCGACCAACGUGACGCAGCUAUCGCACCCCGGCGAUGAGAUCAGCCUCACGUGGGAAAUUCCAGGCAAGACGGUCGGUCCUAAUGGAAGUUACGUUACCACGACGUCCGCUGGUCCUCCGAAGUUCGCGCUAUGGGUUGAUCAGAUCAACGCGACGUACACGCCCUUGUACAGCAUCAACGGUACCAGCGCGUUCACGAAGCAGCCCGACGGCAACGUGUUCGGCGACAACACGGCAUACAUCUGGAACGAUACUAUGUUCAUCGCGAUCACGGACAACGACCCCUACGUCACGCCGUUCAACCUCUCGAAUAUCAACUACAACGUCGUUGCUGGUCCUGCCAUCUACCAGUCUGGCUGA